GUCCAUUUCUGUCGCCUAUAUUUUAUUAAGAUCAAAUGUUUGGCAAAGGAAAACGGAAUAAGAAGGACAAAGACAAGGCGUCCACACAGAAGACGUCCAAGAAAGACUGUAAAGAGCAGAUUAAGCAGGGAGAUAAGGAGGAGGUGGUGAAAAAAGCGGUAGACAAUGAAGAUGGGAGAAAAACCCAAGUCACUACUGAGUUACAUGUCAAAUCAGAAGAGCUGAACCCGGAGAGAGGUUGCUCUGAAGUAGCAGAGGUGAAGGUCAACUGCUUUCGUCAGCACCUGCAGGAGAAAGAAGACAUGCUGAGGAAUAUGCAGGAGAAAACCACAGAACUGGAGCAAACGAUUAAAAAGCUGGAGGUCGAUAUGGUGGUACACAAGAGUCUUCGACUGAAGAAGAAGGAGGAGAGAGAUAGUCUCAGAGAACAAACGCAGAAGGCUAUUUCAGAAUGGAAGAAGGAGCAGGAGGAAAGAGAGCGAACCCAACAGACGCUCUUGAACGAGUCUAUGAGAAAGUUCGAGAGUCUGAAACGAAUGCAGAAAGACUCGAAAAACGAUAGGAUUUUAGAAGAAAAGGAAAAGGUGGUGAUGCAGCUCGGGAAUGCGACGGCUACCUUUGAGUUAGACCAAGAACAGCAUGAAGAAGAGCAGGAGAGGAGAAGAGCUGAAAUAGAGAGAGAGAGAAGAAAGAGGGAGGCCUCCUGGAGACAGAAACGCAGCAUGUGCCUUCAUCAGGUGAAAGAGAAAGACAGUGAUCUGGACAAAUUGCAAGGCGAGAAGGAGGAGAUGUUGCGCAAACUGCAUGAGCUUGAGAACAGAAAGCAGAUGCAAGAGAGGACAGAGGAACUCAGAGGGAACCUGAGCAAGAGCUGGAGGAGAAUGAACAAACUCAACUGGCACUCCCAGAGCAGCUUUUGGUGAAGACUGAGGAUCAGUCCAAUGAGAGCAAGACCAAUGAUAGUGACAGUGAGAUGAAAAAUCUGUCUGAUGUCCAGAAUGCUGCAGAAAUGCAGGCUGAAGUUCAAGACGACCCGAAGGAGGUGCAAAGAAAGCUGAUAGUUUCAGAGUUGGAGCAGAAGAACGCUGAGCUCCUGCAGCACAUCUCUGAGCUCCAGGCGUACAUUCCACACCUCCAAGAGCGAGAAAUGAUAGCAGAGACUAGGAAGCGGGUCUUGGAAAUCAAUAGAGAGUACUGGAAUCAGGAGAAGAAAAACUGGACGAGAGAGAAAGCAUUCUGGAAUGAAGCGAAGCUGAAAUGGGAGGAGGAUAAAAAGAAUGCAGAGGAAUACAAAGCAGACUGGGAGAGAAAGGAAAAGGUCUUUCAGAGAAUGAGAAACGCCUGGGAGAAGGAGAGAGCACAUUUUGAGGAGCUUCAAAAGAAGUGGGAGAAGGAGAAAAAAAAACUUCAGAGAGAGGCAUUUGAGAAGAAAAGCUUCUACCUCCCAUUCUUGUUUUAGGGCAAAAGCAAUAGCAGGAACGAAAUCCGAACAUCAUAACGAUCAUCACAAAGAUGCACACAAUCCACACACUUUUCCUGCUUAUUUAAAAAGUUCAAUAAAAAUAUUAUCAAUCUUUUUCUUUCUUUUUUU